GCUAGUAAACAUCCGCAGGAGUUCGUGCACACUCUCCGAUGUGAAUUUAAUUAAAGAUUCUGUUUAGUUUUAAUUAAAGCGUCAUGAGCUUUUUCCUCCCUAAACUGUCGAGUAAAAAAGACAUUGAUGAGGCGAUUAAGAGUGUCGCUGAGAAGGUUUUAGUGCUGCGCUUCGGCAGAGAUGAAGAUUCUGUGUGUUUGCAGAUUGACGAGAUUCUGUCAAAGACGGCUCAUGAUCUGAGUAACAUGGCCAGUAUUUAUCUGGUGGAUGUGGAUUCAGCUCCGGUUUACACCAGAUACUUCGACAUCAGCUUCAUUCCCUCCACCGUGUUCUUCUUCAACGGACAGCACAUGAAAGUGGACUACGGAUCUCCAGAUCACACUAAGUUUGUGGGAAGCUUCAAAAGCAAGCAGGACUUUAUGGAUCUGGUUGAAGUGAUUUAUCGAGGAGCCAUGAGAGGAAAACUGAUCGUCCAGAGCCCAAUCGACCCCAGAAACAUCCCCAAAUAUGACCUGCUGUACCACGACAUCUAGCCGUGAGUUUAAGAGUAGUUAAAGGGACAGUUCACACCAGAAUCAACAUUUCCUCCUCAUUCAAUUGCACUUAGGUGUUUCUAAACGUUGGAGUUUUUCCUUCUGUUGAACACAAAACAAGAUAUUUUGAAGAAUGUUGACAUCCAUUGUAUUUCUGUGUUCCUAUAAGUGAAGUCAAUGGCUGUUUUGUUCAGCAUUCUACAGUAGAUCUUCAUUUGUGUUCAACAGAAGAGAGAAACUCAAACAGGGUGAGUAAAAGAUGGCAGAGUUAUCACUUUUAGGUGUACCGUCCCUUUAAGAGCGAUUGAACAAGAGGAUGCAGGGUUUCCUGUGGAAACGAUGAUCUUUUGUAUUUAUAAUAACAGCUUUAUGUUGUGAAAUAUUUCUGUUUUCAUAAUAAAACUCUGUGUUUUUACACUGA